CAUAUGCAUUGAAACAAUAAAAAAAUUUAAGAGACAUGCUCUUUAAUAUAUGAUAUGCUUUACUAGAACUGUGCUUUAAUAGAAGUGUUUAUGGAAGACUUGGCUUCGAUAAGAAGACAAAUUGUUAAUUCACAGAAGAGAAGGAGGCCAGAUGUAAUACUGCAUAACAGAAAUGUAAUGAUUCCCAUUCUAAAACCUGUGCCUUUUAAGCAGAGCUGCGACAUGUCCUUUUUAGAAAGCAGGUGUCAGAUUCUGAGAGCAAAACACUAUAGUAAUGAUACUCCAUUGCCAUUUUCAGAGACACCCUUGCAAACAUUAUAUGAUCCCUUGGAAAACUCGCUCGAGGUACAAAAAAUUGGUCACUGGAAAUCCAAGAAUCAAAAUACAAAAUAUACAAUUUUUGAAAAGACUGAUUCUCCAAAUAUUAAAAAAACCAGUGCUUCGCAAAACUCAUAUCCAUGUAAGAGAUCCUCUCGCAAGAAAAAAUAUGAUGCAUUACAGUUUCCCAAUACAGUGCUUCCGCAACCUGAAUCAUUGAUAAAUAAAGAUUUACACAAGGCAAGUUCAAGAUCUAUAAAAUUAUCAAGAAAGUGUGAUCUAUCACAGAUAAAGGAAAGGCAGACAAAACAUAAAGCUAUGUUUACACUUUUACCAAAAAUAGAAACAUCAAUUAAUAAUGUUAUAGGCAAAACAGUUGUGUCAUCACCAAAUCAAUCAUUCUAUGAUAUCAUAGACACUACCUCUGCAGUGUCGACACAGUCAAGCUUAAAGAUCAAGAAUAAAAAAACCUUUCCAAACAUUAUAAAUAGGGAAAAAUCAGUACCUAGUUUAGUAUCUAAUCAUUUGCAUCCUAGUACCAGCGAAUAUGAAAUAAAUGUUUUACAUUAUGAGAAUGACAUUCUGUCAGAAAAUAACUUCCCACAGUUUGCACAAUCUUAUUUGAAAUCCACUGACACAAAUUGCAGUUUAAUUAAAAUUCAGAAUGACAAUAUUGCUAAUGAGAGAAAUGCAAUGAAAAGUAAUAAAGGGGACAAAGAUAAGAUUAUUAGUGACAUGAAAUAUUCAUGGGAAAUGAAGGAUUGGAUAUCACAGUCUCAAAGAAAAAAAUAUGACAACACAAGUGAAAUAAAAAUUACUGGGAGGAAUGACAAAAGUCCUUAUGACUGUAAGAUAAAAUAUUCUUGGCAGAUUAUUGGAACAAGCACGCAGACAUCAUAUACUUUAUUGGAAGAUUUAUUAAAUAAUGUCAUUAUGGAAAAUAAUAAGUCUUUGUAUAAAAAGUGCAACAUUAAAUAUUCCUGGCAAAUUAUAGGGAUUAGUACGCAAGCGUCUUUGCAAGAUUGUAAUGACUCAGAUUAUUGGAGCGGAAUAUUAUUGACACCGAGUAAGAAUUAUAAUGAAUACAAAGCUAAAAUUGAUAAUAAUGAAAUAGAUCAUGCUGAACAAGAUUAUGCGAGAUAUCCAAAAAGAAAAUUGAAGAAAUAUUUGAUAUUGAACAAUCAGCAAACCCAAACUUUCACUGAGAAAGAAAUUCAAGUUGAUUGCAAUGCAAAAUAUUCUUGGCACGAGAUGCUUAAACAAUAUCUCUCGUUGAUUAUUUUUCCAGAUAUGGAACAAAUUUCAGAAGCACUGAAACAAAAGCUGUCAGAUAAAUUGGAACUAGAGCAAAUCACCAAUCAUGACGGAUUAUUACACAAAUACACGAUAAAACCACUAACGCCAAAUAUUUCUAGUAAAAGUUCUGUGAUAUCCGAUAACGGCAAUGAAAGGACGAAGAAGGAAGAACUUCUGAUGAGAUUAACUUAUGCAUUAAACAAAUUAAAUCAAUAUGAACGAAAUAUCGAAAAUAAAAAAAGCAUAGAAACAUCAUGUCUUGAUGCAAAAGAUACUUUAACACAGAAAGGAGUCGUAUUGCCACGGAAUGUGGAAGAAAAUGCCAAAGGCAUUAUACAAUCUGCACAGGAAUAUAUAGCGAAAUUGGAUUAUCAAUUGAAAGAUCUCGACAAUGCUGAUCAGCAGAUAGAAAAUAGUAUGAUGAGAACAUUAAAAGAUAUAGACGGGACGUUUCAAUCUUUGUUAGAUGAUGUAUGCCACGAAAUUAAUAAGAGACGCGAGCUGUUGAUACUGGAGACAGAAAUUCACAAACAUGAGAGUCUGAUACCAUUGAGGGCUUGUAGAAGGGAAGUAGAGGUACAGUUGCAAAAUGCACAGAAUAUUAUAUCGAUGAGCGAAGGUAUUUUACAACAUCCGUAUCGAUACACUGUAAAUGGAUUUGGAAAGAUAAUUUCUGCAAGUAAUGAUAUAGGCAGGAUCCCAGCAGUGCCAUAUUCCGAGGAGCUUCCAAAUAUAAACUUUGAUCGUCCACUGAACUCGUACAAGGAAGAGAUUAUAGAACAGAUAUCGAAAGUUGGCUGCAUUUCUCGCACAAUACCUGUUCAGAUAAUGAAUAUUGAAGAGAGACCAGCAGGUUUAUUCGUUAAAUGGCACGUAACUAAUCCGGAGUAUUUUGCCGAGGAGCAGAUAUUUAUUGUAGAGAAAGCUAAUGGGGAGGUUCUCGAUUCGGCAUCGAACAAAUUUGAAACGGUGUACAGAGGAUCCGAGACUUCUUGUUUUAUUAGAAAUAUACCUGUUAAUCAAUUAAUUACACUCAGAGUUAGAAUACAAGCAGAUAACAUCGCAAGGAGUAUACAUCACGUCACACGAACUUCUAUACCACCGUAUAGCUGGGAAUUUGACAACAAGAAUUAUAUGAUCACUAAUGGUAAAAUUGCUGCAAAAGUUACGAAUACUAUAAGCACACUGUUCUCACAAGGUCCUCAAUUCAAUGAGAAUCACAUAAUUGAAUUCAAGUUUUUAGAAGUUCCACAAGAAGGAGACGAUAACGAAGGUAUUGCGUUAGUUUAUGAUCCGCAAGGUAGUAAUGAUACCUUAAAAAGAACAGCGUCACUAAUGAUCACACCUCAAGGUAAAAUCUUCAUGGACGGUGACGAAAAACUGAUGCGCCUGCCAAAAAUGCGUUUCGGUGCGAUUAUUAUGAUCUCUGCUUUCCGGAAAAAUGCUCAUGUAUUGCGAGUGAAUAUCGAAUCUGAAAAUAAAUGUGUUACAUAUGACUGGCGUGUGCAAACGCCGCUGUAUCUUGCCGCCCGGUUUACAGAGUCCAAAAAAUGGCAUUUGAAGAUUGAGUAAAGAUGAGAGAUAUACGCGCAAAUUUAUCUUUAUUGUAGGAUACAAAGUGCACAAUGUAAUUUUGUAGCAAUAAAAACAAAGUGCCUUACUGUAAGAAAGUAUCGCAUUCAACCAGAA